AUGGCUGCCAUAUAUCACUUAUACCUUCUUAACCACGAGGAUACGCCGAUUUUUAAGGAUACAUACACUUCCACUCGCUUUACGACCUCCGCUGAACCACUUAGUAGCCCAGCGAACGCAGCAUCACCGACGUUCAACGAUAUGAUAUCUGCGUUGGUCGGUACACACAACAGACGUACGAGCUUGCCUAUGAAUGGCGAACAGGGGGGCGAAUUCCACCAAGAUGUAAUGGAUCUAGUUGCACAUGCUUCGCUGGACGUCAUCGAGGAUGUACAGAGUAAAUCGAACAAUAUGUAUCACAAAUGCGUCGACAAGUUCAACGGAUGGUCUAUUUCAGCUUUUGUAACGCCUUCUAGUACACGAUUUGUUUUGCUGCAUCAAGUCAAGAACGACGAUAACAUUCGCCUGUUCUUCCAAGAAUGCUGGGAAGCGUAUCUCAAGACACUCUUAAAUCCAUUCUACACCUCAACCGAUGCUAUCAGAGCGCCAGGAUUUCAAGACAAACUCGUGAAAUCGGCGAGAAAAUACUUAUAG